AUGUCGUUUCCUCUCGUGUGUUUAGGUAACCCCUUGUUGGACUUGCAGUCAGAUGUCACUCCCGAGUACUUGCAGAAGUACGACUUGAAAGCUGACGAUGCUAUUUUAGUCGAAGAAAAGCAUAUGCCUAUUUUCGAAGAAGUUCUCAAAAUGGACAAUUUGAAUGUUGUCGCUGGAGGUGCCGCUCAGAACACUGCUCGUGGUGCCCAGUACAUCUUGGAGCCCAACUCAGUGGUGUACUUUGGAUCUGUUGGACGCGAUGUCUACGCCGACAAGCUCAACGAGGCCAAUGCCAAGUAUGGUUUGAGAACUGAAUAUCAGGUUCAAGACGAUAUUGCUACCGGAAAGUGCGCUGCUCUUAUUACCGGCUCGCACAGAUCUUUGGCAACUGAUUUGGCUGCCGCUAACCACUUCAAGGAGACUCAUUUGCAAAAACCAGAAAACUGGAAGCUCGUCGAGAACGCUAAAUUCUUCUAUGUGGGUGGUUUCCACUUGACGGUGAGUCCUCCUGCUAUCGAGUUAUUGGGAAAGCAUGCCGCUGAGACCAACAAGGUUUUCGCCAUUAACUUUUCUGCUCCUUUUAUUCCUCAAUUCUUCAAGGAGCCAUUGGACAACUCGCUCCAGUACGUGGACUACGUUAUUGCCAACGAAUCCGAAGCUGCUGCUUACGCUGAGUCUCACGAUUUGGCUGACAAGGCAAACGACUUGGAGGCCGUUGCUAAGCAUGUUGCUCAAUUGCCCAAGGCUAACACCAAGAGACCUAGAACCGUCAUUUUCACUCACGGUUUGGAGCCAACUAUUGUUGUUACCCACGAUCACACCACCGGUGAAAACUCCGUCAAGAGCUACCCUGUCAGAGAAUUGGCUGCUGAGAAAGUCAAGGAUACCAACGGUGCUGGAGACGCUUUUGCCGCUGGUUUCAUGGCUGGAUUGGUUCAAGGAAAAGACUUGGACAAGUCUAUCGACGUGGGACAAUGGGCUGCUGCUUUGUCCAUCCAGGAGAUUGGUCCUUCGUUCCCAUUUCCCAAGCAAACCUACGCUUAA